CCAUUUAACUCUAAUCUAGAUGAGAUUAAAUUUGGUCAAAUUAUUCUGUCAAAUUAUUCAGAAAUUUCAGACAGUAUUAGUGUUGAUGAAUUAAUGGAUCUUCUACGAGAAAAAUUUGACGAAAGAAGUGGUUUGAAUGAAAUGAGAACAGCAUUCGAAUUAUUUGAUAACACCUCUAAAGGAUAUAUCUCAGUGGAUGACCUUCAACGAGUCGCUAGAGAACUCGGCGAAGAAAUCGAUGAUGAGCAGUUAAAAGAAAUGAUUGUUGAAGCAGACUCAGAAGGAUUCGGCAAGGUUUCAGAAGCUGAUUUUUUCACAGUUAUGAAGAAAACUGCUCUUUAUUAA